AUGCAGAAUGCCGUGCUUUACGCUGUCUGCCAAGCAGAUCGCUGGCGCAUGGCACAACACCUAGUUCACCAUGCAGCGAAGGAUGGCAUGGGCCCCAACACCGCGGGCUUCAACACGCUCGUCUCGGGUCACUCGCCGGACGUCUGGGCCAAGGCUGCUGCCACCUUUGCAGCCGCAGCAAAGCUUCAGGUUCAACCAAGCCUGAAGUCCUUUGGGGCAGCCGUGGCAUCACAGCAGGACUCCAAGUGGCGCUUCGCCUUGGCUGCCAAACUCGCCGAGGAGGGCUUCGUGAUGAACGAAGUCAUCUGCGGUUCACUGAUCUCUGCAGCUGAUUGGGCCAAGGCGCUGGGCUUGGUUUAUGCUGCGCGAUCGGCGAAGCUUCGUCCAAAUGUGAUCAUCCUCGGAUCGGCACUCGUGGCUGCCGCGGAAGCCUGGGAACGAGCCCAGGAGCUUCUGCAGAACUCCCUUGUGUGGAAGCUGCCGGUUGACGAAGCAAGCUUUGAGGCGGCGAUUUUGGCCCAAGGCCGCGGUCGAAGAUGGGAAGCAGCUCUCCGUGGACAGGCGGUGAUGUUCACCAGCUCGCGGAGGAAGGUGCGCGCGGCGAACGUCCUGGCCGCCGUCUGCCGUCGGGGAGACAGGUGGUCCCUAUCCUUGGAGCUGUUCAGAGACCUUGCUCUGUCGCGUUACGACCCGGACGCCGUAAGCUACAACACGGCCCUCUCUGCUUGUCAGACGGGCAGCUGUUGGGGUCUUUCGGCGGAGCUGCUCGGGCAGAUGAGGAGCCUCAAUUACAAGCUCGAUGAAGCUGGGUGCAAUGCUGCCUCGGGCUCAUAUGCGGAAGGUGGCUGCUGGCAGGAUUGCUUGGACAUGCUGGCUUACAUGAGGCGGAGAUCUGGGUCGGAUCUCCCCUUCCCUCCUCCGGAACGAGCGCCCCGAUUUCGAUCUCCAGCCUCCGUCGGAUUCCUGACGGCGGUCUCCUCGCCCGUGGCCGCCGUGCACCGUCUGCGCCGCGACUCUGGGCUCCGUCCUCUGAACUCCGCGAUGGCUCUUCCUGCGGUACCUCCUCUCCGAGACUCCGGGAUCUUAAAGCAGCACGGGAUCUCGCUGACUGCCCUUGAGCCGUUGGGUGCCCGAGUUCGCGGCCUCGACUUGAAGGGCCCAGAGCCGAACGAAGAGGUUCGAAAAUUUCUGGAGGAGGAGAUGGCUCGCCGUGGCUUCCUGGUUUUUGAGGACCAGGGCGUCCUAACCGGAGAUGAGCAGGUGCGAGCCAGCGAAUUCUGGGGUGGGCGCGAGAUUCAUAGCACCCAUGGAGUCCACCCGCAGGCGCCUAACCGCCACAUCUUCCGCCUGAGCAACGACAGCGCUGUCGGCAUCGUCGGCGUGGGCCCUCAGUGGCACAACGACGGCUCCUUUGAGGUGGGGGUUUUCUCCCACGUGGGGUACCACAUCGUCCGUGUGCCCGAGCAUGGUGGAAACACCCAGUUCGUGCACCAGGGGGCGGCCUUCGAUGCGCUACCUCCAGAAAAGCAGGAGUACUGGUCUCGGCUGGUCUCCGUUAACGCCACCUCCGGCGUUUUGCAUCCCGUGGUGCACGACCACCCCAUCUCCGGAAGACGAUCCGUGUACCUCCAUCUUGGGAUGACAGGAGGCAUUCUCGAGAAGGCGGAGGGGGCCAAUGAAUUUCGACUCUUAGAAGAAGAGGAGAUUUCGGAUGUUUGCCGUACAUACAACGAGCUCCUGAACGCGGGCUUCCCCGACCGAGGUGGCAACUAUGCCAUCAGCUAUCCCUAUCAAGAUGGAGACUGCAUCUUCAUCGACAACUGGGCCAUCGCGCAUCGAGCCACAGCCGAGGCUCAUGCUGACAAAGCGAAGCAGGGCCUUCGCAUCUUGCACCGAACGACGGUGAGAGCUAUCCGGCCCUUUUCGCCCCCGUUUGGCCUCCCCGACGUGGCUACCCGUGAGCUGCUACAGGCUGCCGACACGUCGGGCACUGGUGUGUUCGUACCUGGUGGCCUUGGCUUUCGGUGGGAUCCAACGAUCCGGUUGCAGAACUGA